GUUUAGUAAAGAGGAACUUUGCAGCAGAUGUCAGACCGUGGGGACCAAGGCCGUGCCUAGAGGAGGCAUGCGAUGUUGUGGAGGAAGAGGACAUGAGUGCACAUUGCGAGCAGUUCUUUAGUCUUUUAAUGAUUUCACGGUUCCUUCUCAGUCCUUUUUCCACCUAAAACGUUUAGUUUCAGCCCAGCGAUCAACCGCGACAGCGCGACAGGGAGCGGAAGAGCCGAAUAAUUUCAACCUGCAACUCGCCAAAGGCCACUGAUUCAAUAGAAAAGAGGGGAAAAGUUUAUUGUCUUUUUUUUUUUAACAAAAUUUCCCAUCUCUUCUACUCUCGCUCACCAGCAUGAAUUUUGACCAAAAACAUCAAUCGCAUAGGACCGGGAGGUCAGGACACGGCGGGGUCAACCAGCUGGGAGGUGUCUUUGUGAAUGGGCGCCCCCUGCCAGACGUGGUGAGGCAGCGCAUCGUGGAGCUGGCGCAUCAGGGUGUCCGGCCCUGCGACAUCUCCCGGCAACUGCGGGUCAGCCACGGCUGCGUCAGCAAGAUCCUGGGCAGGUACUAUGAGACUGGCAGCAUCAAGCCCGGCGUCAUCGGCGGGUCCAAACCAAAGGUCGCUACGCCCAAAGUCGUCGACAAGAUUGCCGAGUACAAGAGGCAGAACCCCACCAUGUUUGCCUGGGAGAUCCGGGACCGGCUGCUGGCUGAGCGGGUCUGCGACAAUGACACCGUACCCAGCGUCAGCUCCAUCAACAGAAUCAUCCGGACCAAAGUGCAGCAGCCCCCUGGCCAGCCGGGCUCCGUCACCUCUCACAGUCUCGCUUCCACGGUAACCGUGACUCAAGUGUCAGCAGUGACCAGUGACACGGCUGGCUCCUCCUACUCCAUCAGCGGCAUUCUGGGAAUCAGCUCGGCCGCCGAGGCCAGCAAGCGCAAACGGGAGGAAGCACUGCAGGAAUCUCCGCUGGCAAAUGGCCACUCGCACCCAGGAAGGGACUUCCUGAGGAAGCAGAUGAGAGGGGAGCUCUUCUCACCACAGCAGUUAGAGGUAUUGGACCGCGUAUUUGACAGACAGCCCUACCCUGACCUCUAUCCCACCCCCGAGCCCAGCAAGCCCCACCAGACUGCAGACUACUCCGCUAUGGCGUCGCUGGCGGGGGGCCUGGACGAGAUGAAGAGCAGUCUCACCAACCCUGGGCCGGCGGAGCUGGGUGCCGGCGUGACGGGGCCACAGUCGUACCAGCUGGUGGCAGGCCGCGACCUGGCGAGUACCACCCUGCCUGGGUAUCCGCCUCAUGUGCCCCCUGCUGGACAGGGCAGUUACUCCGCCCCUGCGCUGACCGGCAUGGUACCUGGCAGUGACUUUUCCGGGAGUCCCUACUCCCAUACGCAGUACUCCACCUACAAUGAAUCCUGGAGAUUCGCCAACCCCGGCUUGUUAGUGUUCCAGCAAGACUAUGGCUCGCGCCUGGGCCCCGAGAUCGGAUGCACCUCUGGGCUGUUUGCCGGUCAGUCGGGCCAAAUGCAAGGGUCUCCUUACUACUACAGUGCUGCCACCCGAGGAGCAGGACCGGCCGCCACCACCACUGCCUACGACCGCCACUGACCCACCCCAGGGGUGGGGGAGGAAUGGGGGGCGACGGAGGAAAAGCACCAGCACCAGCCCGCGUAAAUCUGCUGAGAGGGUGGAGGGAGAGAAGGACUCACUCGUUCUGAAUGCCUUUUUCUACAGGCAUUCUCGCGGGCAGCCUCCGAGACCCCAGCCUGAGGUCUUUAAAUAUGACACAUGCUCCCCCCAACCCUCCCUCAACCCUUCUCCAAUCCAAAAAAAGAGAAACAUAGAUGGCCUUAAGGUCACUGUCCAGCCAGAGGUGCCCAACGCCAAACUGAUGCCGAUAAUGAGAGCUGGGUGGUACCCUGACAGCUCAUAAAAAAAAGGUACCGAUUUGUCCCUCAAAACCACCCAUCAUACAUGGACCAAUCAAAGGUUUACAAUCCAACGUGUUGACCAGUAAUCGCCGACAGCAACCAGCACCGGAAGUGGCAAACUCAGCAUUUCAUUUUUCCGCUGACGAGUAGAAAAGGAGAAAGCAUACGAGAUCUCGGCAAUCAUUCCUGUAUGCAGCCAGCUUCCAGAAUAACAGCAAACACAACAAUGGUUGUCAUCACCCCAACUUCUCGCAUGGGUUUUCUUCAUCUGCCUUGUCCUUUGUCACCUCCGUCCUGACGUGCCACUCAACGUAACGUGUACCACCCCUUGCCUCCAGAGGAAGUCAGUUGUCUCUUGAGCGCCCCCCCAGGGGACUUAUUUCACAUUACACUAACAUGUCCCCCCAGACCAUAUUCCAGACAUCCACACUGAACAUGCACAGGGUUUUCCAUGGGGCGGGUACCUGGGCUGUAUGGUGAACAUGCUGUGGAAAUAGCAGACCCGUCUCGCCAGUGGUAGCAGUCCCGUGUGUUUUGGUCUAAUAGGACAGGAAGUUCACGGAGAUCAGGAAGCAGGUGGAAGCCUGAGAGACCCUCCUCACAAGGCCGCUGCUCCCAUAGGCAACUUGUAUUCAUCCCACCAUAUUCCAAUCCCAGCACUUUUAGUAGAUUCAACUCUUAACUCAGCUUAAGAUCCCAUUUUGAAAUCGCAGUAAAUGUAUCCUCCAGGGGACAUCGCUGAUAAGAGGCGGUGACCCCCCCACACCCAUUCACACCCCCUUUUGUGUCCCCGGUUUGCAGGAUGGGACCACUAUGGUGACAGACAAAGAGACCAUUUUCUCCCCCCGGGAACGAGGCCCGGCGUUUAUCCGUCUUUAAUGAGUAUAUAUUGGCCUGAGAGUCUCCCAGUGGCUGAACUGAAGUGGUCUUGCCAGUUUAGAUGAUGAUUGAAUUGAUGAAGAGCUGGCGGCAAAAUCCUCUGGCGGAAUUGAGAAUCUUUUCUUUGUAAAACCCUGUGUAGACACUUGGGUCCUGUGCCGGUGUGUGUAUGAAGCUGAUUUUCUUUUCUGGAGUGCCAUUUGCUCAGUGUAGAUUCAACUGCAGAGGGCUUUGGUGUGAGAUGAUGCUGUCCGUCUUGCCAUAUAUUGAUCUACAUGCAUUCUAUGGGGAAGCACAGAUGCAAAACAUCUUGCUGACUUCCCUCUUGCUUCUUUUCCUGUUCAUAUCCUGGGGGAUUUGACGUCCUGCUCCAAAUGCUACUUUAGACUGUUGAGACACAUGGAGGGGUGCGUUAUAAACUCGGGUUCGAUGGUGGGAGGGGGGAAGCGGAGUGUACACAGUGACUCUUCUUUCCCGGAGACCCAUCGAGCUUAUUUCUCGAUGUAAAAUGUCCUUUUGGGGGAGCAGAAGUUUGAACAUCAUGUCCCUUGAUGUUUUUGUAUCUCACAUAGAGAGGCCUACACCCACCUGCUGCAAAUUCACAUAUGGACAUAGAACAGCACACAGAUCUCCAACAUCAUUUCAAGCAUGGCCUGGUGUACAUGACCUUGGCCAGCCAAAUAUAAUAGUCUGAAAAUAGUACAAUAGUGGCCGAUAACAUGGUGUGUGCAGGGUACAGUGGUUUGAUAAUCUAGCUAAAGAACACCAGCUUUGGAUUUAGGGCAGGGGGAAUGGAGAGAAACCGUGAGGUGAUUUAUCAGCUGGAAACGUGGCAAUUUCUGCUCCCUCGUUCGUACCAGACGUUUUGAAAUAAUUCUUUACUCAGGGUAAGACCUUCAGCAUUAUCCGAAAGGGUGCUUUGGUGAAAGGCAAGAGUUAAAGAGCGCUCUGAGGGAAUGAAGAACAUAGGCGCUACAGGACAGUUUGGAAGUACAACAUGCCAGAUGGCCAUGACAAUGUCAGUCAGUGGCGCGGAAUUGUGCUGUGCCGGGAAGCAAGACUAAAGCACAACAACAAUGAGCCCAAUCAACAUUCAACAAUGUUGUACGUCUUCUCCAGACAACCUACCUUGAUAUCCUGUUAGAAGUGCAUUCAGAAUGACGUCAUUUCCUCUGUACCACUACUAACUAGUACAAAUGUAUCCAAUAGCAUGUAAAAACUAUACGUAUAGGAAUAUAUUUAUAUAUGUACACCGAGUAUGUACAGAACUCCAAAAACUGACUUACAGCACAGAAGCGUAGGUUCUCUCUAUAUGCAGAGCAUUUGAGUAGGAUUUUAAUGUGUCUUAAAUGGGUUUAGAUGGUGAAGAGUUUAAUAUAUUUCUAUGGUAGCCUAAACAUGACCAGUGUUCUGUAGAUGGUGUGUGACAGUGAGUAUGGUAGCAGGAUACGUUAAAUGAAACACAGGAUCCCACGACAGCCAUAGUGAGAAGCCAUCACCCAGUUGCACUUCUCCCCAAGUUGCUUGUAAAUUUAGUUGCCACCUCUUGUCUGUGAUCCUUGGCUGUCUUGCCCAUAAGAGAUUGAGGACACGGAAAAAGUGCAUGGUAUCUUGAUACCCAGUGCAACUUCCACGUCAUACCGUAGUUUACGCAAGUGGCAGGGGACAAGUCGAGACCUCCAAGGUAACUGAAGACCCGCGUCCGAGGAUGAAUGCCUUCACUGGCAGUGCCGCUCAGGGGGAGGGUGCUUCUCAGGGGGAGGCCAUCUCUGUAGAUUCCCGCUUGCAAGGCCGCAGCGUGGCAAGGGGGGGAGACACUGUGUCCCAAGAUCCUCUGGUCCGCCGUAAAACCAUGUGACACAAUACAUGACCAAAAGUAUGACGAACCUUCAUUGAAAACGCCUCCCUUUGUGGCUAAGUAAGACCUUUAGCAUCAGUUUGAGCAUUAGUUUGAGCCCAGAUGAGAGGAUUAUUUUGCCUAAUACCCGUUCGAGCUUUCAGUUUGGUUGAAUGAAAUCAUCACGGCACAGGAAAGCGGUGCGUGUGAAGUUCUGGAACCUCAUCUGGAACCUAAAUCACGUGAGGCAGUCCGAUUCAUUUUUGAUGUCUCCUCUAUGUGUUGCAGUGUUAUCUUCUGAAUGUAAGCAUCAUCUUGUGAAUUCAUGCAUUUCUUAGGCUAACUUGCGUAGACGCAACCCAUGGAACCAUCAGAGCAGUGUUAAAAUUGACCUUAUUCCUUCCAUCCAAGGAGCGAUGCACCUGAAGUACACCAGCUAAUUUACAGGACAGUGCCUUCUCUCAGCGUCAGUGACAUUCUCAUAUACCCUACUCUCCUGUGAUUGUCAGCAACCCAAAGUCAUCUAGUGGACUUGGACGUCCCCAAAAAGCUGCCAAUGUUUAAUGAUUUCCAGCUGGGAAAUUCAACCAUUGAUGGUCAUGUGGUUUAUUGCACUAAACGCAGAACCUUCGACAGACAGGAAAAACUCAGUCUAGGGGGUUAUUUCAGCACAAGUAUGCCAGUAGUCACGGAGCACAAUCAAGACCCAAGUUGCCUGUUUGGUUUGGGUUAUGAAGCUUUUUUUAUGGAAUUAUGAUGCUACAAGCAGUAUUAAAACAUAUUUGCAGAGUAUGCAAUUCAGAUUUAGGGCUCUGGUAUUGUAACCGCAAACAGCCCCGACUUUUGUUCUGUUGGUUUGAACUUCUUAGGAGCUCAAAUCUUGAUCCUGAAGUGCAGGACUGCUAGACAGUGUUAUCAUACCAUAGCAGAAUUGUAGUGUAGAUUUCACCCCUCACCAUUGGACCAUUUCUCAUCCCCAGUGUCCUCCUGUGUUGUAUGUCUGUUUGCUGUAUGGCUCUUAACGAGCACCCAACAUAGGCAUGUGACCUUCUGCGAAUGUUCCGCUGACUUGAACUCCUGUUAUCUGUCUGAGGUCCAAAUCAAUGCUUCGGGGACACAGCAAACAGAACCUUCAGCUUAGGCCUCCUCUAGCAGUUAACACCGAGUUUAGCUAGUUGAUCCAUAUCUAAAGAGGGUUGCCCUAACCCUGGUUUGACCCAAGCUCAGGUGAAGCGAAGCACAGCAGAGUUGUCAUGCUAACACUCUGAAAGGCAUGACUGGGGAUGUGUACUUCCUUACCUGCUGUGUCCUCUGUGGCGGUUGGGGUUGGGGGGGGGGAUACCGGCCCUCAGGGACCGUAGACCUGCUGCGACAUCAGAAACCAUCCUCUCCAUCUUCAUAAAAUCAGCUGAUCGCUCCCCAUUCCCGCAAGAUCAAAUGUGCUUACCUCCCUGAAAAAAACGUGCCCCAUGUCUCCUUAGGAAAGGUUAUUUCGAUAUCAUUCAAAAUUGCAAAUCCUUAAAAAAAAUACUGAAUAAAAUCAAAAAAGUGGGCGUAAUAUUCACGGGCCCUGUCCAAUUUUCAUACUGACCCUCAUGAAUAAUCUAGGAUGCAAAUCAGAGGAGGUAUAUUUAUGAUGUUUUGUUACUACUGCGCAACCCGUCGCCUCGACACAUCUAUCAGCACAACGCCCAGCGAGUUGGGCGCACGAUUAUAAACGGAAUUAUAAUGAAGCAAAAAGUGACUUCAUUACAGCGGUAAUUGAUUUUCUGGGCUUUGUUCUUACUCUUUGGUCUGCUAACCAUUCGCUCCUACUGACAAAAAAAUCCCUUUGAGCCAAUCACAAUGUAUAAUUCUUCUCAUUAGAUUCAGCAGAACGCAUUGUUGAAGUUCUGCGAUUUUAAUAAGUCUGUUCCAGGAAGUACAAAAAGAAUUAUUAUUAGAUUUUUUUUUUUUAACUCCCGUGAGAUGAAAAAAAGCCGCAAAACAGCAAGUGUGACAUGUUAAAGUUUCUCUUAAUGUAACUGAAGAAUUAAAUGUUUGGGGGGAACACACAUUAUGACACAUGAAAUAGCAAGGGUUUGCGUCUUUUGAUUAAACGCUGAAAUAAAGGACUGUUUUAUUCUGUCUAUUCCUACAUGCAAAUAUUAUCACAUUUUAUAGGGGCUAAUUGGUCUGUGAUUCUAAUGAUCCCAUUUCAUGCAAAGCUAUGGAUUGCUUCAGGGGACAUCAAGGAUUAGGCCUUUAUAGCUGUCUGAACAGCUCAGCAACUAUUUAAAAUGAAAAGGGGGGAGGUACCACACUCCACCGAGGAGUUUUGUUAGCUGAUAAUGGAAUUUCUUGCGCAAUGGGAGAGACCACCUCGGAAAAUUUGAAAGUCACUCUCGUACGUCCCGUCUCUCCGUUUACAUACCGGGAUCCUUCGGUUCCUAGGCGCAAGAGAUACUGGCAGCCUAUCAUCUUGCGACAGAUUGAGACGCUAAUCCCCGCUCACCGCGACGGGCUACCGAGAUUUCGGAAUCGGAGGGGUGGCGGUUCGUUCGCUGCAACUGGGGUGGCUGGGAUGCCAGACUGGGAGGGUCUAGCCUUUACUAAGGAUUUCCAAAAAAAAAAAAACACAGAUGUCCUGGUUCUCACCUUACAGUGGCCUUUCUGUAAACCCUCGUUAUGUUGUGUCCGUGGCUUCUUCUGUUCUGGAGUGUUGAGGAUAUUUUAUACCGACUAGGUUUUUGGAGAAAAAAACGCUGUGAGGAAAGCAGGCGGAUUUGUAAAUCGAAACUCGUCGACGUUAAAAAAAAUAGCUAAACACAGAAACACGUAAAUACGAAUACAUAUCUAUAGCAUCCACCAAAGUCUGAGAUGCCAGUUUAAAAAAGGAAAAAAAAGCGUCACUUGUAAAGAAUUGAAAAAAAGUUAAAAAAAAAAAAAUACAUUGAAAAUGCCUUGAAAAGGAUGGAGACGACAACGAAAAAAGGAUCCUUCUUUAAGAAAUGUGUAUGUUUUCUAUUCAAUUUUCUAGUAGCUAAAACAAACUCGGUGUUCUUUAUUAGUGUCGUGUGUUGCUUUUCGUGUCAUAAUAUUUGAAUGUACUUACAACAGGGCCAAUUUGCCAAAGAUAUACAGUAUCGAUUCAUUUCUCUCUCUGAUUUUGUUUUCCGGGUUGUUCAAGCUGGAAAUUGUGACUUAAAUAUCAUUAUUAUUUUGAUUGCUAUUAAUAUUAUUAUUAUUAUUAUUAUGUUUUUUUUUCUUUCAAGAAAUUUAAUUUUAUUUCAGGUUUUUUUGUUUAUAAGAUAUGGUGAAUUGCAGCCAGCUGAGAAUGACUCAGCACAAACCUGCAAUGUUAUGAGAUUGUAGGCUAAUCAGUAUAUAUGUACAUCUGUUCACCUGAGUGACUGUCCUUGUGAAUUAUCGAUUUAUGUACCAGUAAUGUGAAGCAAAAGUAAUUAUUUGUAAAUAUUUGCCAUAAUUUUAUUGGUUCCUAAAAAUAAAAGUAAUUUUUUUUAAGUGAAAA